AUGCUCCAAGAUCUCUGCGUCGCUGAUCUCUCUUCCGGAAUCAAAAUCAAUGGCUUCCCUUGUAAAGACACAGCUUCAGUGACACAAUCCGAUUUCUUCUCACAAGGAUUAGCAAACCCAGGUCUUACAAACAACACAUUCGGUUCUUUAGUUACAGGAGCAAACGUUAUGACAAUCCCAGGUCUAAACACACUCGGCGUCUCUCUCUCUCGUAUCGAUUACGCACCAGGUGGUUUAAACCCACCUCACACUCACCCACGAGCCACUGAGAUCGUCUUCGUACUCGAAGGAACACUCGACGUUGGGUUUCUAACGACUGCUAAUAGACUCAUCUCUCAAUCUCUUAAGAAAGGAGAUGUUUUUGCUUUUCCUAAAGGUCUUGUUCAUUUCCAGAAGAACAAUGGCAAUGUUCCUGCUUCUGUUAUUGCAGCUUUCAAUAGUCAGCUUCCUGGUACUCAAUCUCUUGGUGCUACUCUCUUUGGUUCUACUCCUCCUGUUCCUGAUAACGUCUUGGCUCAGGCCUUUCAGACAUCUUCAGGAACUGUUAAACACAUCAAAUCCAAGUUCCAACCCAAGAAAUGA